GUCGAUCAGGUCCUGACAUCCCUUGGUCUUCAGCUCUUCAGCUUGGAUCCUGAAGGGCGCACUAUCCCUCUAGUGCAAAACGUUCAGCUUCCUGUCCCUGUGGUUGCGACAACCGGCGACGGUGAGCUCCAACGUCAGAAUAUGGGCUUUGCUGUCCACUCCAUCGGUCAGUCUCCAUUCCUGAGGACUACAUAAUACAUACUCGCCUGCAAACCCGGACAUGCCUCUCACAUUAUCUGCUGUAACCUCGGUCUCGAUAUCAGUUACUACUACUUUCUGACAACACGCAGCCCGCCUGCGGCCCUCUUCGGAGGCAUGACUACAGCUAAAGAUGUGAUGACACUUGCUUAAACAUUCCCUCGGAAAUUGGCUGUUUCUCGCCGAAGGACAUCAUGCUGUAGCUGCCUUUCUCUUGCGAUCUGAACAUUGUUCCAGUACAGACCGUCUCAGCUCGCCUGUGCCCGACUCUGAGGCUGGUUUAAGCUAAUGAGGCGAUCUGACCCCCGCACUCACGCACGUCAAAGAUCACGGCGCGUAUCACGACCAUCAGCCAUCAAGCCGUAAGGCCCGAUCUACCCAUGUUCCAUGUCGAUCAACAUAUAUAACGCCUCAGCCUCCAUGCAUCCCUUGGGCUGGCCCCUUCGAGGAAUUGACGUGUGCCCUCACUGUCCUGCCUUGCGUCUGCAAUUCAUCGGCUUGGCUAUCCUCAUUUACGACCAUAUCCUCACGUUGCAUUCCGAGUGGUCCCUCAUAUGGCGCGCUCCGCCGUCCUUUGCCAAGUACGCCUUUCUCUUGAACAGAUACUUAGUACCGGGAUGCAUGACCGCUGCAAUAUACCAAAUGUCCCUUUUCACAUACGCGGACCUGACAACCUCUGGCUGUCAAGUUCUUCUUCUCACCCUGUCGCUCCUCUCAAUAUGUUCCAUUGCGAUGGCUAAUGGACUAGUUUUGAUGCGCGUAAUGCUCCUGUGGGGGGAGAACAGGACUGCGAAACGGCUCUUAGGGGCGAGUUUUAUGUUGUCCACCCUCUGCACCUUUACCGCGUUCAUCCUGGCGAUGUGGAGGAUGCUUUUGGACAUACAGUUUUUCCCUUACGUGCAGAUGUGUGUGCCGACUAGAACGUCCCGUUGGCUCAUUGCAACAUGGGCUAGUCCCUUACUUUUCGAUUUGUUCACUCUCCUUACCACUGUGUACAAUACCCUUUCUCGACCGCGAGAUGCCCACGUACCGUUGAGAAAGGCACUGGCGAGAGACGGAAUCAGUUUCUUUCUCGGGCUGGUUGCUUUGCGUAUCCUCAACCUCUCAUUGGCAGCCACACUGGACCCGUCCCUAACGAUGCUGGCGGUCUUCUUCGUCUGGUCAUGCAUAACAACUCUCCUAAACCGUUCGCUUCUCCGUUUACGCAAGGCCGAACUUGAUUCGGAUGCAGCUGAUGCCCCCGGUCUUACGACUGGAAGGUCGUCGCCGUUCGGCGUCCCGUUCAAGGAGUAG